AUGAGUGAUCUACAGAAGGCUUGGGCGCGCAAUCGGCUCAGUGGCGUGCCUAUCGAGCCGUUUGACGAGCUCGAGGAGGAGGUCGCCGAGGAGAGCAACAACCACGUUGCCGACCUGCCAGAACAUGCCUUUGACGACGACUCUUCUUCUGCCUCGUCGGCUUCAUCAACUGGCACAAUCAUUCCCUCGCCGAGUCAGAACCUGUUUGCGCGACCGCAGGGAAUCCCGCGAGGAAAUGCAUACAAGCCCGUUCCUUGGACGACAUACUUUGAGCGAGAGCUCUUUCUGAAAAGAUCAGACAGAGGCGACUCCACUAAUGACAGGCUGGUACAACAUGUCUACCUCAACUCCCCGGUGGACAAAGGACCGUUGUUCGUGAUGCACCACGGAGCAGGCUCGUCUGGCCUCUCAUUCUCGGUCGUCGGGUCUGAGAUCAGGAAACGGAUCCCCUCGGCAGGCAUACUCUCCAUAGAUGCUCGCGGCCAUGGACUCACGACAAUCACGGCAGCGUCCUCGUCCUCGUCCCAAAAGACGGGUGAUGGCCCGGCACAAUCACCACCAGCGGUACUACCGGCCAUGGACCUGAGCCUCUCGACGCUUGCUGCAGAUCUGCUUUCAGCCAUCGCCCAGACCAAAGCCGAGAUGAAGUGGGCGGAGCUGCCGCCGAUCAUCCUCGUGGGCCACUCGCUCGGCGGCGCCGUGGUCACCGAGCUCGCCAGCACAGGCAAGCUGGGCAACUCGCUGCUCGGAUAUGCCGUGCUCGACGUGGUCGAGGGCUCCGCCAUGGACGCCCUGCAGUCGAUGCAGACGUACCUCUCCACGCGGCCGACGGGGUUCACGUCCUUGGAGUCCGGCAUCGAGUGGCACGUCCGGUCUAGGACGGUGCGCAACUCGGCAUCCGCGCGGGCCAGCGUGCCGGGUCUUCUGACGGACCGCGACAUCGACGAUGCGAGACCGUGGAAGUGGGUAACAGACCUGGCUGCCACGCAGCCCUUCUGGGAGAACUGGUUCGUCGGGCUGAGCAAGAAGUUCUUGUCCGCGCGGGGCGGCAAGCUCCUGCUGCUCGCUGGCACGGACAGGCUGGACACGGAGCUCACUAUCGGGCAGAUGCAAGGCAAAUACGCCCUCCAGGUCUUCCCCGAGGCAGGCCACUUUAUCCACGAGGACCUCCCGGAAAAGACGGCCGUGGCGCUCGCCGACUUCCACCGCCGCAACGACCGGAGUGCGCUCGUGCUCCCGCCAAAGGUGUCGGAUCUGCUGAGGCAAGGGAAAAAGGUGUAG